GGACGAGGACAACAUGUUCAUGAGGAUGUCAGUGAGCACACCGCUGGUGGGGUGGAGUGUGGUGUUGUUCCUGGUGGUGGGGUACUACGUUCCUCUUACUAUGGUUACUACUGGGGUUACCUUACAGGACCUGGUUAUUAGGGAUACCAUGCAGAGGUAUGUGAUAAGAAGUGUGUUGGUAGUGUACCUCCCUAUAUUACUCCUCUCAACCCUAUCCUACCACACCCAUACCUCCUCCUCCAACUCUCGUACAGUCUCCAUCAUAAGAACUGUUCGCACUGUCAUUUCAGUGAUGGAGAAACUUUCGUUAGCACUUUACUCUGUGGUGACGCCAAACGAGAACAAACCAAUACACGAUAGUGCUGUUUAUUAUCUAGUGUUAUUCCAUACCCUUAACUCUAUCAUAACAACACUGUUAGUAUACACUUCUGUCCCUUCUAGCAGAUUCAAGAAAGUCAGCAUUGCACUGAAACUCUGUCUUAUUCUCAUAUCUCUGGUCCUGAGGAGUGUCUCCCUGCCAUCUUUCUGCAGUGACACCUCCACUGACUGUAUCUUACAUCAUGUCUUCUUCAUGCCUCUGUUCGCUGUGUUUCACGGGUCUGCGGUGCUGGACAUUGGGGACAGGAGCGUGGUUGUGAGAAACACCAGUGUUAAGAAGUAUGAGCGGAAUGUGUUGCAGGCUAAACAUGAGCGUAUUGAGAGGGGUAGGGUUCCUGAUGUAGAAAGUGUGGAGUUUUAGGAUUGUAAAGUGACUUGUCUUGUUGUGAUGGUUUGUUUGAGUCCUUACCUGGUCACUGGUCAGUCAGUGACCAGAGUGUAGCUUGUAGUGUAGCUUAUGUAUAAUAGUGUAGUCUAUAUAGUAUAAUAUAUAUAGUGUAA